CACUAGUGGGCUCCCAGAUGAGCAACAUCUUCAAUGGCUUGAUUUGGGUAUUUCCAAUAAAGGGGUCAGUAGUAUUGCGCAUUUUUGCCUUUCCCGCUAUCAUACAACUCAUACGCAGCAUUGAAAUGACCAAAAAUCAUCUUUAACCAUGUGACAGAGGGAUUUGGGGAUUUAUGCGAAAUAAGCGCAAUUUAUUUUCCGAACAAAACAACCCGGAAAUGUGUGCUUUGCCAGCGCAUUCCCCCUCUCUCAUCUUCCUCUCGGUAUUGAAGUGAAGCCCUCGAACAGAAAGGAGACGGGGAUAGCUGUGAUGCGGGGCAUGAUGGGUCUGAGAUUGCUUGUCUCACUCGCAUGGAUUCUUGCCUUCAAAGCUGCUAAUAUUCAAGGUGUGAAUGCCGACGAGGAUCGGUCCCAAGAUAUGGAAUGCAAAAUGAAAAGCGUCACCGUGUCUGCGUUGCCGUUUUUGAGAGAAAAUGACCUGAGCAUCAUGCAUAGUCCGUCGGCCUCCGAGCCCAAGCUUCUGUUCUCGGUCAGAAAUGAUUUCCCGGGAGAAAUAGUCGUCGUGGACGAUCUAGAAAACACUGAACUCCCCUUUUUCGUCCUAGAGAUCACGGGAAACUCUGAGGAUAUUCCUCUGGUGCGAUGGCGGCAACAGUGGCUGGAGAACGGCACGUUGCUCUUUCAUAUCCACCAUCAAGAUGGCAGCCAGAACCUCCCCGGCCUCUCCGCCACGGACGACCCUGGCAGCGACUCUGCCGAGGAGGAGCUACGCAUCCUCCACGUCUCUGUCAUGGGAGGCAUGAUUGCUUUGCUCCUCUCCAUCCUCUGCCUGGUCCUCAUCCUCUACACACGCAGGCGGUGGUGCAAACGCCGCCGUGUGCCCCAGCCCCAGAAGAGCGCCAGUGCAGAGGCGGCCAAUGAGAUCCACUACAUCCCUUCGGUAUUGAUGGGGGGCCAGGCCAGGGAGAGCCUGAGAAACUCCAGGGGCCAGGGCCACAAUUCCAGCGGCACGCUCAGUAUCCGAGAGACACCCAUCCUGGAUGGCUACGAGUAUGACAUCACUGACCUGAGACACCACCUGCAGAGAGAGUGCAUGAACGGAGGAGAGGACUUUGCCAGCCAGGUCACACGCACCCUGGACUCCCUUCAGGGCUGCAAUGACAAGGCCAGCAUGGACCUGACACCUGGUGAGUGGAGUGACAAUACAAAGUUGUCCCUAAUGAGCAAGUACAAGGACAACAUCAUCGCCACCAGCCCCAUCGGCAGCAAUCACCUGCAACAGAACACUCUCCUCCUCCACAACACCUCCUCCACUGGCCAACGAAAACAACGUCUGUCCAGCAAAACUCGUGUGGGUUCAACCUUCUUGAACCCAGACGGGGACUCUGGCACGGAGGCCGACAGCGAACCUCAGCUGACCUUUUACACGGACCCCAAUCGCAGCAGGCGCCGCAGCCGAGGUAUGAGAAAUGGUAACGCCAACAGCGCGUGGGGCUCAGGGGCAGGUUCCCCACGAAGCCCCAUCAAUAAGACCACCCUGACUUUGAUCAGCGUUGUCAGCUGUGUGAUCGGCCUGGUGUACUCCUCACACCUCUCCUGUGGCCUCAACGUCAGGGUCAUCCUCCAUGUGCCCGAGCACCUCAUCGCAGACGGGUCCAGGUUCAUUUUGCUGCAGGGCAGUCAACUGGAUGCGUCUGACUGGCUUAACCCGGCCCAGGUGUUGCUAUACUACCAGCAGAAUGCCAGCGGGCCUUGGAUCAAUGAGCUGUGUGGCCGCCGCAUUCUGGACCCCUGUGAACACCAGUGUGAUCCAGAGACAGGUGACUGUCUCUGCUUAGAUGGUUACAUGAAGGACCCGGUCCACAAGCAUCUCUGUAUUCGUAACGAGUGGGGUCCAAAUCAAGGACCCUGGCCUUAUACUAUUUUCCAGCGUGGUUUUGAUCUGGUUAUGGGAGAACAACCAUCUGAUCGCAUUUUCAGGUUCACAUACACAUUGGGGGAAGGGAUGUGGUUACCAUUAAGUAAAAGCUUUGUCAUUCCACCUGCUGAGCUGGCAAUCAACCCUUCAGCCAAGUGCAAGACUGAUAUGACUGUCAUGGAGGAUGCUGUGGAUGUGAGAGAAGAGCUGAUGAUCUCCUCAUCGUUUGACAGUCUGGAGGUUUUGCUGGACUCGUUUGGCCCGGUGCACGACUGCUCAAAGGACAACGGUGGUUGUAGCCGAAACUUCCGCUGCGUCUCUGACCGCAAGCUUGAUUCCAGUGGAUGCAUGUGCCCUCCUGGACUGAGUCCCAUGAAGGAUGGCACAGGCUGCUACGACCACCACAUUGGCAUCGACUGCUCUGACGGCUUUAACGGAGGCUGUGAACAACUGUGCCUCCAGCAACUCGCCCCCCAGGAGGAUGACCCCACCCUUUACAACAUCCAGAUGUUCUGCGGUUGUAUUGAGGAUUACAAGAAAGGUCAAGAUGGUCGUUCCUGCCAGCCCCUGUCUGAAGCCUGUACCGAGGGACUGGACUGUGGGGAGACAGCUGACAUCCCAGCCAACCAAACUGUUUUUGGGGAUCUCUUCUAUGGCUACAACAAUCACACCAAGGAGAUCACCUCUGGGCAGAUCCUCAAAGCUACCUUCAGGCAGAAGAACUUUGCCCGAGGCAUCGAGCAGCAGCUCCCAGAUGGCAUGGUUGUGGCAUCAGUUCCAACCGAGGUGCAAUGCCACGAAGAGCUGUCAGACCCAGUCCCUGACCCAGACUAUCUCACAGGAAUGGUGAACUACAGUGAGGUCUCUGGGUACCCACUCAUCCAGCAAUGGCGGCUGAGGUCCAUCCUGUACCACGUCAAACUGAACCAGUGGGUACUCUCUCAAGCGUUCAGCUCUGCUAUCCACUCCCUGGACGGUGCCACCCUCCGCAGUGAUUUUGUCUCCAUCCUCAGGGAGUUUGGUAAUCACUUUGUACAAGAGGCAGUGUACGGCUUCGAGGAAGCCUGCACUAUCUGGUACCCCAACAAGCAGGUCCAGAGGCAGCUGUGGCUGGAGUACCAGGACAUCAGCAAAGGGAAUUCCCCAUCAGAAGAGUCAGAGGAGCGCGACAAGGAGCCCCGGACCCUGACCUACCCAGCGUACAUCGCCAGCCUGCUGGACUCCGGUGCCAAGCGCAUGGCAGUGGGGGUGCGCAUGGACUGCAGCAGCCAAGGCCAGUGCCCGUACUCCUGCCACCUCUGCCAUAUGAGCCCUGGGCCUGGGCGUCCAGCUGAGCCUGUACUGCUCCAGAUGACUAAGGCCACCCCACUCUACGAGCUGGUCUCCAACAACGAGACCUACCAGGCACUGCAGGAGGCCAUGAUGAGCAUGUUGUGGUGUUCUGGGAAAGGUGACGUCAUCGAUGACUGGUGCCGUUGCGACUCGAACGCAUUCGGGAUGGACGGCCUGCCAACAUGUGCACCUCUCCCCCAGCCUAGGCUCAGGUUGUCCCACUCCUAUGAGCCCAGCAGUUCAUUGGUUAUCAUGGAAUGGAAUCACACUGAGCCACUAAUUGGGGUGCGGAUUGUUGAUUACCUCAUCAGCCAGGAGAAGGUGACAGAGAGGACAGACCACUCCAAAGUGGAGACAGAGACGAUGUUGAGCUUUGUGGAUGACAUCCUGUCUGGGGCCAAGUCUCCGUGUGUGAUGCUUGGGGAUAUCCCUGACCUCUUGACCUCAUCCGUGAGCAUGAUCAUCCGUUGCCUGGAGCCAGACACAACGUACAUGUUUAGGCUCUGGGCAGUGGACAACACAGGCCGUCGCUCCAGUCCUAGUGAGGUCACCAUCAAGACCCCCUGUCCUGCUGUGGAUGACGUCAAAGCACAAGAGAUUUCAGACAAGAUCUACAACUUGUUCAAUGGUUACACAAGUGGCAAGGAGCAGCAGACGGCCUACAAUGCGCUGAUGGAACUGGGCUCUCCUACCCUGCACCGUGUGCUCUACCACUACAACCAGCGUUACGAGAGCUUCGGAGAGUUCACCUGGAGAUGCGAGGAUGAACUGGGGCCCAGGAAAGCUGGUCUGAUUCUCUCCCAGCUGGACGACCUGAGUGGCUGGUGCAGGGAUCUUCUCCAGGAGUCCAAGAUCGGCUUGCGCAGGAUGUCCCUCAAGUACCUGUCCUGCCGUUACACAGACACCAAGGCCUUUGGUCUCAACUGGGUGGAACUGGGCCAGGAUGUGCGAAAGGCCUGCGACGAACAGAACCUGCUAGUCAUGUACAAUGAUUAUGGGGAGCCCAAAGAGCGUUGAACGUCACGCAGCAAAUAAUGGGUCUUGAGGAUUUGUAAGUGUGUAAUUGUGCUUUUGGGAUUAUCAUCAUGUCUGCUUUUUAAUUAUUGUGUGUUCUAACCCUUAUUUAUUGUUAUAGGAACCUGAUUUCAAGGUAGGGUGGGUUUGAGAGGUGAGGAGGGUUUAUUUAAAAUAUUAUUAGAGCAAGAUAUAACAAUAAUGCACAUGUACAGUAACAAAGUGUAUAUGUACCUUUCUCAAUGCUUAUUUGCAUUUAGACAGCACUUUACAUGACUUUUUGGACGUUUGGAAGUUUGGAAGUUGCACCAACAAUCCUGAACCCCAAAAAUGUAUAUAUUAGGAUUAUGAAGAUGUAGUUAUUUACUGUAACAUGUUGAAUGUAGUAUUCAAGUAUAAAUUCAUAUUUAAGCUGUUGUACAGGUCUUUUGUAUUUAGACAGUCCGCAUAUACAGUAGUGGUCAUUUCAGAAGGUUGGGAGGUCAUGUACAGUGUGGCUCUAAAAGUUAAAAGUUAAAGUUGCCAAACCCAAAUGACAGUAUUUGCUACAUCAAUGAAUUCCUAAUCAUUCUGAAAUCAACAAAUGGCCAUCUCUGAAUCAGCAUUUCUAUUACAAAAUGAAAGAUAACAGCAAAUCAAUGUUUUAUAUUGUUUAUCCGUAGUAUGUUUAGAAAUGUAAAUUUGUAUGUGUCUUAGGAAUAUACAUGAUGUGAUCCUGUAAAAACACUAAUACCUUUGAUACCUGUGUUUUACUACAAUACGCAAUUAAUAUAAACCAAAUGCCGACUGUUUUCUUUUUUUUUAAACAAUUACGCUCCUCACACACGUCGAUAAUGCAAUAGUUAUCCCCAUAACAUGGACUUGAAAACAAAUGCUUGCAGAUAGUUUCAUAGGUUCACCAAUGCAUCAAAUGACAGCACAGUGGUUAGCUUCUGUAAAUAUUGUAUUACAAAUGAUUUCUAUUAUAACAUUAAUAACAAUGGGCCUCAGCUGUAAGGAUGUCUUUUAUUAUGAGAAACCCAUUGGUUGACAUUGAUAAGGAUGCUUUUUUUUGUUUCAAUUUGCACAUGAGAGGUGUGAGCAUUCAUUAUGUAUACAUGUUUUGUGUAUGUUUGCAUUAUUUUUGUUCUGAGACUGUUUCCCAAAAUAAUGGAGAGGUUUGUUUUAUCAAUACAAUGAAGUGGAUUACAAAAAUGGACAGAUUAUAAGGCUUAACAAAUGUUAUUAUCCAUCAGAAGUGCAUCAGAAUUGUUACCAUACACAUCAUAAAGCUGAUGGAAACUAACAAAAAUUCAGCAUGUUAUACUAUUAUGUCUUUGUGGCUAAUCUAAUGUUCUCUUUUUCCCUUUGAUAUUUGCUAUUUCAAAGAAUAAUAAAUAAUAUAUUAUGAAAUGUUGGAACGUUGGAUGUUCCAAAAAAAAGUUUCCUGAUCAGUCACCAUGUCUGGGCCUAGUUAAUGUUCAGUCAGUUAACUCAAGUCAAUGUCACACUGUUUGGAAUGUUUCUCAGGGAUUGUACAGCCUCAAACACAAUGGUUUAAACCAAAUAACAAUGCCAAAAGACAUGUUAAGUCUCGGCUCAGCUUCACACUUACACACUGAGUGCACAAAACACAAAACAGCACCUUCUUAACCUGUUGAUCCUAACCCCUACUUUUUCAAACAUUCUGUUAAAAAUCGCAACAUUUCAGCGCCCUGCUACUCAUGCCAGGAAUAUAGUAAAUGCGUAUGAUUAGUAUGUGUGGAUAGAAAACACUCAGACGUUUCUAAAACUGGUUAAAUCACGGCUGUGACUAUAACAGAACGUGCGUUUCAUCGAAAAGUGCAGGAAGAUCUGAUCACUGAAAACUGGAAAAUAUAUCAAUGCGCCACUUGAAUGUAUUGUUGAAUGGAAACCACAUUACCUGGAACCGAGGUUGCAAUACCUACAGCUUCCACACGAUGUCAACAGUCUUGUCAUUUGCCUAGGCUUUGUUUCUUGGUCAAUCGAACAAGAGACAGCCCAUUUCUUCCGGUCUCCGACCGGAUAUUUUGGUUGAAAUUUAUCCGGACAUUAUUUCAAGACGUAGAGCUAUAGAAUAUACAUCGCCCCGUGAUCAAUUGAUCGAUUAUUAACGUUUACUAAUACCUAAAGUUGCAUUACAAAAGUAUUUCGAAGUGUUUUGUGAAAGUUUAUCGUCGACUUUUUUAAUUUUAAAAAAUGACGUUGCGUUAUAAAACGCUGUUUUUUUCCUUGAUCACACAGUCUUCAUAGAUCGAUAUCUAGGCUAUAUAUGGACCGAUUUAAUCGGAAAAAAAGACCCAAUAGUGAUCUUUAUGGGACAUCUAGGAGUGCCAACAAAGAAGAUCGUCAAAGGUAAUGAAUGUUUUAUAUUUUAUUUCGGCAUUUUGUGUAGCGCCGACUAUGCUAAUUAUUUUGUUUACGUCCCCUGCGGCUCUUUUGGGGUGUUGCAUGCUAUCAGAUAAUAGCUUCUCAUGCUUUUGCCGAAAAGCAUUUUAAAAAUCUGACUUGUUGGCUGGAUUCACAACGAGUGUAGCUUUAAUUCAGUACCCUGCAUGUGUGUUUUAAUGAACGUUUGAGUUUUAACGAGUGCUAUUAGCAUUUAGCCAGCUGGGCAGCGCAUGCUCUGAGUACGCAUCCUAGUAAUCUGUCUGGCCCCGCAGCCUUGUGAAUGUUAACCUGUUUAAUGCUCACUUCGAGGCAAGCAACACUGAACCAUGCAUGAGAGAACCAGCUGUUCCAGACGACUGUGUGAUCUCGCUCUCAGUAGCCUAUGUAAGUAAAACCUUUAGGUUAAUAUUCGCAAGGCCACGUGGCCAGACGGAAUACCAGGACGUGUAUUUAGAACAUGCACUGAGUUUCAUAUGUGGCACCGACGGGUAUGGUAGCUCUGCUUCUAUCUCCUAAGCAACUUUACAGUAUUUAGAUUUUUGGCUGGAGUGUUUACAGACAUAUUCAAUCUCCCUAUCCUCCCUUUUUAUACCGCUAUCAUCCAGAAGGUGAGGUCAGUGCAGGUGCAUCAAAGCUGGGACCGAGAGACUGACAAAAAAUACAGAAUACACACAAAAGACAAAGUGUCACAAAUUAAAGAUACAAUUGAAGAUUAGAAACAACUCCAGUUAUCACAAACAGUGUUGUCGAUCAGAGUCUUAAAAACAGGCAAAGACACUGAAUCCCCUAACUUUAAAAUCUUCUGAAGCAUGUUCCAGGAUGAAGGGGCAUUAUGGGAAAAAUAUGUUUUCCCCAUCUCAGUUCUAGCCUUAGUAACAGACAUGGACAGCAGCGACUGUGAACAAAGACUAUAUUGAGUGACUGAGCAGAGAUAUGAAGGGAGUUGUCCCAUCAAUGCUUUGUACACAAAUGUGUACCAGUGCUUUAGCUUCCUGGUGGAGAGAGAGGUCCAUUGCACCAUAGCAUACAAAUCACAGAGAUGGGUAAGUGAUCAAGCAUUUGUAAUAAAUCUUAAAGCACAAUGUGUCCAAAGUUUUCAAGGUACUUGCUGAGGCCUGCAAAUAGACACUAUCACCAUAAUACAAAAAAAGUGCUUUGAACAAUAUAUUUUCUGACUAACAUUGAAAAGCAUGAUUUGUUCCUGAAAUAAAAACCCCAUUUCAGCUUCAGUUUCUUGGUCAAGGUAUGUUUAAAAUUCAACUUUUCAUCUAACCAAAUCCCAAAAUACUUAUAGGAGGGGACCCAAUCAAUUUUCUGGCCUGUUAUAGUUAAAAUCUGCAAGUGACUCCAUAUGUUAACUUGCAGGGAAGAGAAAACCAUAAACUUUGUUUUACUUUCAUUAGGCACAAGUUUCAAUUGGAAAAGCUGCCUUCGAAUAACAUCAAAGGCCAACUGUAAGUCCUGAAAAGCCUUCUGAAUAUUAGAUGCUGUAGAAUAAAUAAUUCUGUCAUCAGCAUAUAGAUGGAGAUUUGCAGAGUCAACAGUCUUGCCUUUAUCAUUUACUGUAUAUACAGUGUAAAAAGGAUUGGAUGUAAAAUUGAGCCCUGGGGAACUCCUUUUGUAAGCCUUCGAAACUCAGAUGUCAUAUCCUCCUGAGCUACACACUGUGUUCUGUCAGAAAGGUCGUUUUGGAACCAAUCCAAUGCAUCAACACUUAAACCCACCUUUUUUAGUCCAUACAACAGCAGGGCAUUGUCAACAGUGUCGAGGGCCUUCAAUAAGUCAAUGAAAGUUAAACACAGGGAUUUGACAUGUCCUGAGCAUCUAGAAUAUCACCUACAACCUUACAGCAGUAAUUGUACUAUGCUUGGCUCUAAAACCCAACUGGAAUUGAGAUAAAAUUGAGUUAUUUUAAAGAAAGUCUUUGAACUGUUGGUUCACCAGCUUUUCCAAAACUUUUGUCAUCACUAGCCGGCUUCCACCCGGUUACGCAUCUCUGCAACUUAGAGGCUGCUGCCCUAUAUACAUAGACUUGUAAUCACUGGCCACUUUAAUAAUGGAACACUAGUCACUCUAAUCAUGUUUACGUACUGCUUUACUCAUCUCAUAUGUAUAUACUGUUUUCUAUUAUACUAAAUUUUUGUCAAUGCCACUCCGACAUUGCUCGAUCUAAUAUCUAUAUAUUUCCUUUUACUUUUAGAUUUGUGUGUAUUGUUGUGAAUUGUUAGAUACUACUGCAAUGUUGGAGCUAGGAACACAAGCAUUUCGCAACGCCCGCAAUAACAUCUGCUAAAUAUGUGUAUGUGACCAAUAAAA